AUGGCCUCAGGCUUCGGCUCCAACUUCCAAGAGCUGAUCGACGGCGUGGCCGACGGACGCAUCCCCAACAGCCGCAUCAUCCGUCUGAUUGUCAACCGUAAGAGCGCAUAUGCAGUCAAGCGCGCAGAAAACGGAGGUAUCCCGUGGGACUACUUCAACCUGAUCAGCGACGGGUUCCUCCCCAAGGGCGAGAAGGACGAGGCCAAGGUGUCGGAGGCGCGUUACAAGUACGACGCUGCUCUGGCGGAGAAGGUCUUGUCAGCCUCCGAGGAUCAGAAGCCUGAGCUCAUCGUCCUGGCUGGUUGGAUGCACGUCUUUUCCGCUGGAUUCCUGCAGCCCAUUCAGAAGGCUGGCAUCAAGGUCAUCAACCUUCACCCGGCGCUGCCUGGCAUCUUCACAGGCGAGUUUGAGGGCGCCAACGCCAUCGAAAGGGCAUACGACCAGUUCAAGGCCGGCAAGCUGACGCGCACCGGCAUCAUGGCCCACUACGUCAUCCUCGAAGUGGACCGUGGAGAGCCCAUCAUGACGCAGGAGAUUCCCUGGGAGGGCGAAGGGCUCGAGGACUUCACCAACAAGGUGCAUUCGUACGAGCACAAGCUCAUUGUGAAUGCUACGGCCAAGGUGGUGCAAGAUGUGCUUGCAAGCAGGAAAUGA